UGUUUCUCUCGAACACAUUGGUAGUGAGUCUUCAAUUACCUAUCGUUUGCUUCUGAGCAUCUUGUCCUCUGGAUUGUGCAAUUACGCCGAAUGCUUAUUGAUGGACUCAUGGUGUCGCCGAGACGAUUUCCUUUCCCCCUGAAUAUCGGGACCGACAUAUGUCAAGUCUCACGUAUAUACCGACUUCUGGCUAGUGACCGAGGUGUGAGGUUCCUCCAGCGCGUCUUCACCAAGGAUGAGCGCACCUUAGUUCCUGCCUGCUCUUCGUCAGGUCAGACAUCGACGACCAAACCAGAGUCCAGCCAAGACGGGGAUUUUCGAGCAUUGAAGAAGCACAACCCAUUGCUGUGGAAACGGGCAACCUUUGUAGCUGGGAGGUAAGCUCGCACAUGCACAUAUACACUACCACCACCACCAUCAUCAGCUUUGCCGUACACCGUCAAUAUUCCAUCACGGAUCCAGGCUAAGACAAAGCCAGGUUCGCCGCGAAAGAAGCCACGUUCAAGGCGCAUCCUUCCAGG